UUGAUGAAAGAAGAAACCACUGAUCGCUUCGAAUGAGUUUUCAAUGAAUUCCUCAAGCUUAUGGAAGGAGAGCCACCGAAGACGGUGCUAACCGAUAUGUGCAAGUCCAUGACUAUUGCUUUAGGGAAGGUAUGGCCUGGCACAUAUCAUAUAUGGUGUAAGUGGCAUGUCAAAGGGUAUUAGAAAGAAUUUAGGACGUUUGUUCACAAGGGAUGCAACAUUCAGAGAGCAGUUCUUUGCUAUUGUUAAUGACAUGCUGACCAAGGAAGAAUUCGAGUUGGCAUGGCAAGAUUUAUGUUGCCGAUACAAAAUCGCAGACAACCCUUUCAUGAUAAGGACUUUCCAGUGUAGAGAGAAAUGGGCAAAAGCUUGGUGUCAGGGCAACUACUGUGCAGGAAUGACAAGUACCCAAAGGAGUGAGAGUGCUAACAUGAUGCUCAAAAGAUUUGUGCCAAGGAACUCCUCAAUGCACCAUUUUGUUUCUCAAUUCGAGUUGCUGUUGCAGGACCGUGAGAUGGAGGAGGGUAGGCAAGAGUACCAGACAAAGCAGCUUGAAACGAAGCACAAACGUAUGUGGCCUAUUGAGAGGCAUGCCUUAAAGAUAUACACUAAAGCCAUAUUCAUGUUAUUCCGUAAGCAUAUUGAUAGGGCAUCCCACUUUGUUGUUAGCGGGAAAGGGGAGAAUUAUUAUGUCAUCUCACAUAACAACGCUGAUAACAAACCUACCUGGGCAAAAUCUCAUUUUAUGGUGUAUGUGGAAGGUGGAGGCACAAGAUAUUCUUGCGAAUGCGGCCAGUUCGAACAUUUGGGGAUUCUAUGUUGCCAUAUACUAAGGCUUAUGAUUCGACUUGAUGUUGCUGAGAUACCAGAAGCACAUGUUAUGAAGCGUUGGACACGCAGCGCCAAAGAAGUUGUGCCUGAUCAUUUCAAGUUCCCGAGUAAACAUGUUGGGACUAAGCAGCCACUGACACAUAACAAGGCGAUGCUUAAUCAAAAUGCUAUUAUGGCUGUAAACAAGGGUAACAUUGACAUGGAAACCUUUCAAGUUGUGAUGAAGCAUUUAAUGCUGCUUUUAAAGAAGUUGACGACAUACUGCUUGCUAGAACCAAGAAAACUGUCGGAGAUUCCACAACUGAUGAUGAUGGUGCACAUAAUGGUGUAUCCUACAUUCAGUCGGACACAGGGAGAAAAGACAAAUAUUUAUGGAGCAGCAAGCAGCAGGCAGCAGCGCUGGCAUGAGUGA